AUGGCUCCCGGGACUAAUCCCUCCUGGAACAGACCCCCAGCUUCCCCUUCUCCCAGUAGAAACCACUGGGACUUCACCAAGAAGCUGAGUCAAUACGCGACGAGCUUGGAACGCUACGUGUCCAAUAAUCCACAACUGAGCAGAAUCCUCACUGCUCGAGAUCAGCAGCCUCGUCGCCCGUUCGUCUCCGAUGGCAGUAUCAGACUUCUCCCCCGAGACUGCCAGAUGAACAUCUUCGCGACCGACGUCUUCCCCGGAGCCGAGCCCGUGGAUCUUCUGCCCUUUCGAAUGCAGAUGCCUACUUUGGAUCCGGUCCCGGUGCCAACUCGACUAGUGGGCAAAGUCAAGGCCCAUUUCGACCCAUCCAGCUGGCGUCAGACAGGCCCGGUGAUGGAGACCUUUGGCCCAACGCCGGAGCUCCAACCUGGACCACUCUCUGAAUCAACCUCUCGCUCUUCCUUCAACCUGGUCGUCGAUCCUCCACCUCCAUUCCCCGGUCAAAAUGUCCUCCUCCGUCCAAAGCCCACCUCGCCAUUCUACGACCUGGUCACCGACUCCGAAACAGUGCUCGACUCGCUCAACGUCGACCUCCACCGAACGGCAAAUGACCACGUCCAACGUCUUCGCAUUCUGUUGGAUCUCCUCGACACGUGGGACUCGGCUCUCGCUCUUCGAUUCGCCACCUUCACUCUCCAGGCUCGAACGUGGCGUCGAGACCGCCGGGGGUGGGAGCUGGAGAUGGUGCAGGAUGCCUUUUUCACGGGCAACUUGCACAUGCUACACCCGGACUUUACGGUCCAUUCCCUGGUGAAUGCUCGAUUGCAUGUUGAGCGGGAAAAUCAGAAAGAGCGAGAGGGGCAGGUCGAGGCAUGGCUGGGGGUCAUGAAUCGGGAGACCUGGGCCCGAUGGCAGGCUCAUCAGAUGCUGGUGAGAAAUACGGCGGAGGGGGUUGAGAGGAUGCUGUCUCGGUGA